AUGGAGGGUGUCGAGACUGUUGAUGUGAGCUGGCUCCAUCAUUCUCAGAAAGGUACAUAUCUGCAGGCUCUGGCUUGGGCAUUCGGUCCUCCUAACCUCUGGCAGACAACAAUCUUUCUCGCUGCAGAUCCGUCUCGUCGAUCGUCCAAACCAGACAAAGUUACGUCUACGGACAAAACUACGUCUUCGUCACAGGAUACCUUAGUUCGCUCGAACUCGGUCGUCAAAUCGGACGCUCACAACGUCAGCUCUCGGUCUGACAAAGAAAGUCGGGAUGGCGAAUCGGCAACCAGCAACGGAACACCUCCGGCGUCAGAUUCGUCUCCGAAGAGUGCACCGAAACCGAUAGGAAGACGCGGAUCGUGGAUUUCAAGCAUCAGUUCCAAGUUCUCGUCUGGGUCAACACCUCCGUCGCAAUCCAAUAUGAAACCUUCUGCAGCGCCUAAAGCGAGCCCUCCCGCCUCAAAACUUGACAUGCAUAAUCCGUUUGGCGCAGCAUACUCGCUCAAGGAUAAGGAAGAAGAGAAGAAGGAUGAGAAUAUACCAUUUACCUCCAGCUCGCCUCGGGGCCCCUCGUUUCUGCAGACUGCGUUUAGGAAACUAUCUUCCUCGGGUUCUAGUGGGGGAAAGCCAGCCGCUGGCCAUGGUAUUGUUUGUGAGCGUCGCACACUAAAUAUUGAUAAAGACCGGGAUAGGUGUAAAGUUCCAAACUUGAAUCAGGCGAAGUUGCGGCGGGUUGCGUUUUGCGUUGACGUCGAGAUUGCGGGUAUAGCACCUCGGGAUUCCGACGAGGAAAGCCCAAGCACGACGCGACGUCACGUUAUUGAUGUGAAUGGUCACAAAUUGAAGCGAACAAACUCAAAGUCCAAGAGUAAGGAUGAGGCUGAAUCGCCGAAGCGUUCGCAAGGUACGCAGAGUGGUAAAGGGACGUCUACCCAGGAGAGUCCUGCCAGAAACAUCUCUCCUACGACACCGACGAACGGGGACGCGCCAAAUGGCGAAAUUAAGGAGCCUACAAGGAAGCAAGAAAAGAAAAAGCGAUCAGAAGAGGAGAGAAAGGAACGAAGAGAGAGGAAGCGGAGACUGGCGGAAGCAAACGGCUCCAUCCCAAUGCAGCUGACAGCUGAUGAUCAUGAGAGCGAUUCAAAAAGUACUACAUCUAGUGGAGCUCGGCCUGGAGCGCAGAGCCACCCAACGACAGAUCCAAUUCGGAUCUAUCGGCGUUGUUGUCAGUUGCGUGAGACGCCUGUUCUCAAACGGAUCGUUGAUGAAAUCUCGUCGCCUUCAUCGACGCUAGCAGAGUCCCCUGGUACCGUCGCUGUGCUGAACCUUAGCAAUUUUCCCAUGACUUCUGAAGACAUUGCCACAUUCAGCGAUUGGUUGGCCGUUGUACCGGUGCGGAAGUUAAUUCUUGAGAAAUGCUCUUUGACAGACGAUGCUGUUCGUGCCAUACUUUCAGGCCUACUAUCCACUAAAACCGUGGAGCAGAUGAGGCGAAGGCGUGGGAAGAAUAGAAAUGGUAACGCCAAAUCGACGGAAAAGAUUGAGAGAUUCAGCGUCGUGGAAAAGCUGUCUCUAAAGGAUAAUCCGAAAAUUGGCAUAGAAGGAUGGCGCCAUAUCAGUCUGUUCAUCCAUCUCUCCAAAUCCCUCAAAGCCAUCGAUCUCUCAGGCAUUCCGCUACCAAGAGCGGCCCCUAUCCCACUGAAUGAUCCUACGAAUGUGAAUCCGCAAAGGACAAAUUCCACUCCUGCCAAUCCUGAUGUGGCCACUGUGUUCGCAAAUUCUCUUUCAAACCGGUUCGGUGGCGACCACCUUGAAGAACUGUUGCUCAGCGAAUGCAAGCCUACGAUGGAAGAGGUGAAAACGAUAUGUGAGGCUGCCACAACCGUUGGUUUGAGAAGGCUGGGCUUAGCCAACAACGGGGUGACCCGAGAAGGCCUAAAACAUGUCGUUCGGUAUCUAGAAUCGGGCAAAUGUGAAGGCUUGGAUUUAGGAGGUAAUCCGAUAGGGGAAGAUUUGGACCUCAUCACCGAUGCUAUCGAAAGCCACCUUCCUCUCUAUGCGCUAAGCUUGGCAGAUUGUUCCUUGACACCUUCUACCAUCUACCCGCUGCUCCAAGCGUUUACGCAACUGCCUAACAUUCGGUUUAUUGAUUUCUCACAUAAUCCUGCGCUGUUUUCGACACAGCCAGAUGCAUUGUCGACCCUUAGACGCUUCCUUCCUAAGAUGCCCAAUCUGAGGCGCAUCCAUUUGGCUGAUGUCAACCUUUCUUCAGACCAUACGAUAGCUCUUGCCGAGAUUCUACCCGAAUGCCCGAGUCUAAGCCACUUGAGUAUACUGGAAAAUCCCGCCAUCGUCGCCCUUGCGUCGGCGACAGACCCGGAAGCCCAGGAAGAAGCGUGUGCUGUUUAUGCAUCUCUCCUCGCUGCAGUGCGGGUGUCACGGACCAUCAUUGCCAUUGAUAUUGAAGAUCCAAGCGCCGAGAACAAUGAAGUUGUCAAAGCCUUAGCAUCUCAGAUUGUCGCAUAUUGUCUUCACAAUCUUGAAGGCGGUGCUCUUGAAGCAGAGCUUUCUGAAAACAUCGACUCAUCGCAGCCACGAAACUUGGUACCGAUUCCUGAGAUCCUCCAGCAUAUUGUCGGCCAUGGUACUGCAGAAGAAGGGGCUGAGGAUGACGAUGAACUUGCUCCUGAUGAGGACUAUGUCAUUGGAGGCACGGGUGUAGUCAAAGCUCUUGGGGUUUGUCUUGGUAACCUCGACCAGCAUUUGCCAGGCGAUGUGUCCGGUCCACCAAGUGGCACAACAACACCUAGGCAUCGAAAAUCUAGGUCAUUUGCUGCUAAACGUCCCCGCGAUAUGUCCAAAAACCUUUUAGAUUCGGCUCGCGGUAUACGCAGCAGAAUUGAGUCUGCACUUGUGCGUGAGGAUCGUGCAGGCAAUGACGCUAAUUACAGGCGUCUCCAAUUUCUUGACAGCACGCUGCAAAAAAUGAUCCAGCGCUUCGAGGAUGAAUACCCGGAGACACGGAUUGUGCCACAGCCUCUACAGCCUCACCAGGACACAAGCUCUCAGAAUUCAGGAGACGAUAGCUAUCUCGCCACGAGUCUAGGCAACCUUCAAUCGGCUGGGGCUGUUGCUGAUAAUGAGAAUGCCGUCGAUGAUGAUGAAGGCGACCAGUAUGCUGUCCGGCUAUCACGGACUAGUUCUAUAACAUCCCUCUACUCCCGCGCAAUGACUUCCGAAGAAGGCCACGUUCACCGUCUCGGACAGAACAUCCGUCGCGACUUCCUUCCUCUGGACCAGGCGGAGGAGGCAGAGUCUUCUGAAAUCAUGGACGAGUCUCAAUUGGCAGCAUUGCGUGAGAAAUUGGAUCGUCUGCAUGAAGAACAAACUCGCUCGCACUUUGAGAGUGUGGGUGCCGACAAAGCUUUCCAGGAGCUGGGCUCUACGGUUGAAGAAUUAUGGGCAAUCCAGCGGCAGGACUCGGAAGCCUAUGAAAGGUUCAGGCAAAGCCAAAUUGCUGCUCAAAUCAACAGCGGCAGGAGAACGCCUUCUGUGUCCGACACUAGUAGGGCCAGAGGAAGCAACAUCGGCCGCGAACAACCAUCUGCUCCAUGAUUUAGCACUUCUUUCCGCGGACUAUCUCUGUCACGAAGAUAUAGUGCGCAUAUUUACAUUCUAUUAGCCACUGUAUUGUUGAUUUUUUAUAUACCCACUACGGUACAUGCUUUUUCUUUUUUUCUCAUGAUCAUUAGCGUAUACUUGCCAUAGCAUGUUCUUACUCGGCCUCUAUUCGUCUGUACCUCUAUGGGUGUGAUGUUGGUUUUGUAUGCUGUUUGUAGGAUGCCCUGGGUCCAUUUGGCUCUGUAUGUUCGAGUGUACUAUCACUGUUCAAUAACUGCCUUGUUCACUACCAGGCGGAUCUGU